CUCCACUGCAGUUCCACAGGAAAGAUGCAGGUGACGCCCGUGACCCUGCUGUUGGUCCUAGUUGCGGUACCGGGUGCAGUACCCAAUAAGGUCGACAAGGAGGUAGAAAUGAUUUUUGCGAGGAUCCGUGAGGAGGUGUCCUGGAUCAUCAAGGACCUGGCGGAACAGCUAAACGACUGGAUGGAACAGGAGUUCACGAACACAAGUCUGGCUCUGUUUGACCGUCUUGAUGAAUCAGCUGGUACUGUCAUCAGUCUUCUGCCUACUAAGAUGGAAAUCCUGAGGAGGGGAAGCAUUGCUAAGAUUAUUCUUGAGGCUGCAAAGGACAGCAAAUAUGGGGCCUUGCUCGGCUACAGCGCUAUGGAGUGGGUGCACACCGUGUCAGGGAUACAGUACGCCGUACAGGGAGUUUUCAUGCGCCUGGCGAUCGCCAUGGAGCGGAUUCACGACGAGGAGUAUCUCCUGGAGGUCUUCAGCAUGGAGGCAGACAAAGUGCAGGAGUACUACACGGCUAUCCGGCGGGAAACCUUCUACGCCAUUUGGGGGGCCGGCCACGGCGUUUACAACGCGCGCAUGCGCCGUAGGGCAAAACUGGAAUUCAGCGACCUGGGCAGCAACAUGAACAUGACAAUGAUUGGAGAAAGGAAUAUGCUUGGGGAGGAAGAAGACAUUGAAGAAAACGUUACUGCUUGAAUUGCAGCACUUCCCUUACUCGAUUGAUGGAUGACCUUGAAAGAAGGAUUGCAAAAGAUUUUCUCACCACAACCCUCCUACACUUCAACUAGCCCUCCCAGUUUUAUGCUGUAAGUUGUAGGUCCUCAUGGCUUAAGGGUAGUAAAGCCAUUUCAUUGACAACGAAAAGCUAGCAUGCUACAUACUUGUUACAUGUAUACAUCAGUGUUGAAAAUGUAGAUAGAAAAAAACACACUUGGUGUACACAUGGUCAAUGAAUCCUUCAUUAAACUCUUCAUGGAAGGAAGCAUUGUUGCUUAGAUUGUAGCACUUUCCAUAAUCAAUUGAUAAUUGGCCUCAAGAUGACUUGAAGAUUUCCUGUUACAGAACUACAACACACUCCAAGACAACUAGCCCUCAACCAUAUACUCAAAUCAACACAGCUUUAAAUUCACAAGGCUACAAAAUAAUUGAAGUACAGUAUGUAUAGUACAAAUUGUUUAAACUAUCUAUUGCAAACGUAUGUUGUUUGUUUCCUGUUGGACACUUGUUUUCAUGUUUUGUUUGUGUUGAAAUGGAGCUAGUUAAGUAUUUGAGUAAUCUCUUUUUACAAUAUCAUCAUAACUGUUCAUUGUCACAUGUGUGUCCUCUAUGCUUCCACCAUGUGUACUUGCAAUUAGCAUUCCGGCACAAACUUGCUUAUAAAUUUUCACUAUUAGACUGUAAUAUAAAAUCGAAGACUUUUACAGAUCUAAAUUUUGUUUCUACAUAAUAUUCUAUACUCGCUUAGAGCCAAAGUGCAAAAGGAGCUAUUUCAAUACACAAAAAUAAAGCUGACUAGCCUUUUUUUCAUUGUUGUUUAUUCAAUUUAUCUUCUACACUUUCAACCAACAUUCUUAUAAAGCAUCGCCGGACCAACACACGGUCUCUUUAGACAACACAAUAAAUACAGUUUCAGGCAUGCACUGUUCAGAAAUGUCUACCUUUCUGAGAAGACAGACAUUUAAUAUAUAAACAACAUAUUUAUUUAUUAUUGAAAGUGUCCUAUAACUACAAUUUACAUAUUUUCCUUGACCAGAACCAUUUAGUUGAGAUACAACUUGUGGGGUGGGGGUGG